AUGGCUAUUGAUAGAUCCGAGGAAAAGGGUGACACAAUGCAAGCCAGCUCUGAUCAUAUCGACGAUCUACACGCCUUUCAAGAGCAUGAUGCUUCUCUUGAGAAAGAUGCCACUGAAAACAACUUUAGCAUGGCAGAGGAGGAGUUCAUUGCCCACGAAAAGAGUUUGGUGAGGAAACUCGACUAUACACUCGUCCCUAUGGUCUGGCUCUUGUAUCUUUUCAACUAUCUUGAUCGAAACAACAUUGCUCAAGCCCGAUUGAGCUCUUUGGAGAAGGAUCUCAAUCUGACUGGAAAUCAAUUCAACGUUGCUGUUUCUAUCUUGAACAUAGGCUAUAUGGUGAUGCAGCUUCCUAGUAACAUGCUCAUAACUCGAACACGACCCGGUAUAUACAUCCCUGCCUGUACAGCAUUGUGGUCUAUCGUCUCAGCUGCCACGGCUGGAGCUGGCAAUUACACCCACCUUCUUGUUAUACGAUUCUUUCUUGCCAUGUAUCUUCUAUCAUGCUGGUACCCACGCAAAGAACUAGCAUUGCGCACUGCUGUCUUAUACUCUGGCGUCCUCCUUGCCACGGCAUUCUCUGGACUUAUUGCUGCUGGCGUGCUCUCGGGCCUCGAGGGCGCAAGGGGCAUCGCUGCGCUUCUAGGUUUCGCGCUGCUUCCUGACUUCCCCGGACAGAAGUCGGGCGUUGCCAAGUGGUUGCUCACCGAUGCUGAGCAAAGAGUCGCGGUUGAGCGUAUUCGACGAGAUCGGGUUUCUUUGCCAGAGGCAGACUCGAGUGUCUGGAACGGGCUGAAACUUGCCAUCAAAGACCCCCGUACUUGGGUAUUCGUGGUAAUGCUGACCGCGAAUCACUCAGCCUAUGGCUUCAACAAUUUCUUCCCCACGAUCGUCAAGGGCUUCAAGCUUGGUAGCAAUACCUUGACCCUCAUUCUGACGGCGCCGCCGUACCUUCUUGCCACUGUCGUCGCAUUCACAACAGCCUGGUCUUCCGACCGUCGUAAAGAGCGCGGCUUCCACAUUUCCGUGCCACAGGGCGUCGCAUGUGUUGGGUUCAUCAUUUCGGUCUCCACGGUCAACAUAGUUGCACGUUAUUUUGCUGCAUUCCUUUACAUCUGCGGAUGCUUUUCUUCCAAUGCCAUGGUCUUCUCGUGGGCUAGCUCCACCCUGAACCAAACUCCAGAGAAGAGGGCGUGUGCGACAGCGAUCAUUAACCUGCUCAGCCAGUUAGGCAAUAUCUGGAGCCCCUACUUCUUCCCAUCAAAUGAUGGGCCUCGAUAUGUUAUGGCCAACUUGCUCAUGAUGGCAUCGUCAGCCCUGAGUAUUGUCACAUGCGUGAUCAUGAAGAUCAUGCUUAACAGAGCCAACAAAAGCCUCAAGAGAGAAGGUAGAGACACAACACUGUUCACGUUGUAA